CCCACACGCUCUCCACACUUUUCAGCUUAACUCACACUCAUCUCAUCUCUUAUUUCUAACCGGUACAAAUGGUACAAACAAAGAAGUUCCGAGGCGUCCGCCAACGACACUGGGGUUCUUGGGUAUCCGAGAUUCGCCACCCGUUAUUGAAAAGAAGGGUGUGGCUAGGGACAUUUGAAACAGCAGAAGAAGCGGCAAGAGCUUAUGACGAGGCCGCCAUUUUAAUGAGCGGCCGCAAUGCCAAAACUAAUUUUCCAGUGGCCAAUGGUCAAACAUCUAGCGACGGUGAUGCUCCUGCCACUACCACUACAGCUACUGGUCUCUCGGCUCUACUAAAUGCUAAGCUGCGCAAGUGUUGUAAGUCCCCCUCGCCGUCCCUAACUUGUCUUCGGCUAGACAACGAGAGUUCUCACAUUGGAGUGUGGCAGAAACGGGCUGGUGUUCACUCGGAAUCUAAUUGGGUCAUGACUGUUGAGCUUGGAAAGAAGAAUGAUAAGAUUGAGAUGGGGAGAAAUACCGAAACUCCGGUGGUGGUAGAUACGCCGCAGAUGAUGUCAGGAAGAGGCGGCGAUGAAGAGGAUGCGAUUGCGUUGCAAAUGAUUGAGGAACUCCUCAACACAAACUGAUGGACCAAACAACAAAAUUAAACCUUAAACAUAACUCUAAUAUUGUGUUACUCCAAAGAGGUGGGAGCUUCAUUGGACAUUUGAGCUUUUUACAUCAUCUAAGUAUCAUGUGUUACUCUCAGUCUAGUUUCAUGAGUAGAAUUCUAUUGUUGCAAUAAGAUUUUUUCAAUAGA